AUGGAUGUGGCACUUGAUAAUUCAUCAUCGUGUCCAAAUUAUAACGAAUCGGGUUUUCCCUUUGCUGAUGAUCGGAAAAGAACAAAUUUGCGAUCGUAUUUGGAUGAAAUAGCAGCUCGUCAUCCAGAAUUUGCCGAUCAAUUAAAAGAACCUCCAUGGGAUGAAAAUUUUAAGGAUUCCCCCAAUAGGCAAGGCAGAGGUUUGAAUACAGAAAGACAGGAAAAUCUGAGUCAAGAAGGAAGUAGUAGUUCAAAUCAAAUUCCUCCUGAAAUCAACGAACCCCAACAAAACCUAACGAAUUUCGGAUUGAGAAACACAGUACCGCUUGGACCGGGAGUGUUGUUGAAAGAAGAAAGGCAGCAAAGGUCUAUGUCAGCUCCUCCUGAUCAUAGAGCCAACGAAAAACCUCAGAGAUUUGUCACGAAAUGCGAAAUACCCAUAAUGCAUGAUCCAAGUCAAGAUCCCGCCAAUCAGAAAUCUGGAAGAAAUACUCCGGAUAAUGCGCAGCACAAGUCAAACAAUUCGCCCAACGUUCGCGUGAUACCCAUUCAGGUGGAAGGCCGAGAUGCGCCCUUACUAAAUACAAAUAUAGACACGGCCACGAAUUUUGGAGCGGAAUCAUUUCGAGAACCUAGCUUUGAUGGGCGUUUGCCUCGAGAUUUCGGCGCUUAUCAAAGACACUCUCCAAGAUUUGGCCAUAAGGAAAGAACUCCCACUCCUCCGAAUCAGCAGUACGCUCAUCACUACCAGCAGUAUGUGCCACCCCAGCAACAUUUUUCGCCUUCGCAACAAUAUUACGGACCUUCUCAGCAACAAUUCGGACCCUCGCAACAGCAUUUUGGACCAUCCCAACAGCAUUUCGGACCCUCGCAACAACAACAUUUCGGACCUUCUCAGCAACAUUUUGGAUCCUCUCAAUUUAUGCCUCAGCAACAAUUCGUGCCUCAACAACAGCAUCAUCAACAACAACAACAGCAGCAGCAGCAACAGCAACAGCAUCCGCAACAAAACUACCGAUACCAAGAUAACAUGUAUGCCAAUCAGCAUCCGCACGGUCAAAAACCACAAACUCCACCGCAUCAAAAGCAACCCUCUCAGCCACAAUUUCCUCAACAAUCUCAACCGCAACCGACGGCUAAACCGGACGAAACCGAUUCGAAACCUGCACCGCAACCAAAGCCAGAACCCAUCAAAGAUCCGAUCGAAAGAGUGCAAGUAAUUCAAAAAGAAGUUGAAGAGCUGAUGAAACAAGUAGAAUCAUUCAAUGGAAAUUCGAGGGCCGACAAGCAGUACUUACUGUUGGACGAGCUGUUGACCAGACAAUUACUUUUACUAGACAAUAUCGACACGGAGGGUAAGGAAAACGUGAGGCAAGCUAGGAAGGACACGAUAAAAAGCAUUCAACGAUGCAUCAGCACUUUAGAAAAUAAAGUACCCGCGGGCGAAAACGAAGGAGAUUCCUCUUCCGUCAACUCGAAAGAAGAGAAAGACGAGAAAAACGUGGCAGAAUCCGAUUCGGUUCAAUCGACGGAAACGGAUAAAACGGUCAAAGAAAACACUCCAACGGAUAAUGAUGAUAAAAAGGAAAAUAAUCAAAAUGUGGAAGUUGACGUCAUGAAGGUUGUCAAAGAAUCCGGUCAGGAAUUGAAAAAGGAAAAAAAAGAAGAAUGA